AUGCUAUCCCUGUGUAACCCGUUCCAGUCUCACCAAGGUUACUGGAGUGAGUUUGAUCUUCACGGAAUCGAAGUUAAAGCAAAAAAACCUGUCGAGGAUACCCUGCCGUGCUGCAAAGAUAUCCGCCCGUAUUUAUGGGGCAAAGGUAUCAAAAAUCGACUGAAGGAGAUUUGGAAAAGCUCUCGGAAGCAAAAGCCAGUCCUUGUACCUUCAGGGUACGCAGAGGCUAGAUCACUGAUCGGUAAUGGCACCAAAGCGGAUUUGGAAACGCUGUCGCUCCAAGCCCAACACUUGAUCAUCGAUAUAUUUGCGGGCACUACGAACGAGUUCGAAACGAAAAACCUGGGCAAAGAAACCCCUUUGCCCUCGGAAACAAGUUUCGGACUGGUCACCCUACGGCUAUCCUCUGAUCUCCAGCUGUGGAAAGAAGCUCAACAUGCCGUCGGCAAUGUCCUCCCACCCAAAGGGUCCGGCCUGGCCCCAGCUUCUGACCUUGCCCUAGACUUCUUCGGGGCAACUAGUUGGCCAGAAGCCAUGAAAACGAACAACGCAUUGUUUGGGUGCGGCAUUGCCAAUUUACUCAUCGGAGCGGCAGACGAACCAACCAUGUUCUCCAACUAUGUGACCGAUAUGGCCUUCUACUACGAGCAUGGCUAUAACUACGUCUUCCCAUCGCUAGAAACGCUGUUGCAGCGAGGUCUAGAAGAUCGUUAUGCGAUGAGAACUCGAGGUGGGCGCGAACGACGGGACGGCGUCUAUAUUGGAAAGCAAUACAUACAGGCCAAGAUCAAGCUGGAGGAACAACAUGUGGAACAAUUAAGCAAGCGAUCGGCACGACUGGCCAGGCGUGAGGCGCAGAUUGUGUCUCUAUCGGAGAGCAGUCUGUUGGGUAUGGCGGCUGAGGCGAUGGCACAAGGCUUCGACCCAGCGGCUGUCACGAGUGAUUUGGUAUUCAGCUCUCCGGGCACUGAUGUUGUUGACGUUGGCUGCGACUUGGUAAACUCAGAGGUCAUGAACUCGUUCUUAAAUGUGGCAGACAUUACUGACACGGGCGUCGUGAGCGAAGUCGCGUUGCGCCGUGUGUAUGACGCGUACGCCGCAACAGGAGCCAGGAUGCUGACCCAAAGGUGGCAUGAGCCGGUGGCUAGGAUGUGCGCCUUGCUGUACACGUGGCACAUUCAGAACGACCGGCAUAUGUUCUUUCGCCGCGCGAUCCUAGGGUGGCCCAAAGUCCGGAAGAUGACUGCGACGCCUCCAUUCGAGGCUGAUUUCGACGAGGUAUUUGACGCACGAUACCAUACGACCGGGUACAGCAGGCCUCUCGAGCCCAAAUAUACAUGCAACGGGAAAGAGACAUGUGACCAUGUCCACGAUUUCCUCGAUCGCAACGCGGACCAACCGCUUCUGCGUGAUCUCUGGUGGGCCCUCGUUGUAGGUCCGCUGGAAUAUGUCAAGGGAGGUCAGGUCAAUGAUGAGCGCGAAGAAAAGCUUGUUCAAGCUUCACGCCUACGAAUGGCCGAACUCUAUUCCCGUGGUCUGGUGCUAGAAAUGGUUUGGCUGAUUGCGCAUGCAAGUCAUCAUGCCUGGCAGGUCAACUAUCUAUUCGAAGCCGCCAUGUUCGGCAGUAUUCUCGACGGGGAAACACUAGCUGGCAAACUCGACAGGGAGCAGAAGCGAUAG